CUCGCCGUUGCCUCGCUCUUCUGCUCUGUCAAACAGGCAAAAUUUCCAAGGCGUAUAUCAAAGAAAAUGGUCAAACAGUCAACUCAAUUGAAGGAACUUAAAACCCAAACGCAGAAACCUCAAUUCAAGGAGCUUGAAAUCGAAGUGGAGCGUCAAAUCAGUGCAAUUAGGGUGGUUCGUGAUGUUGACAUCGAACGAUUGUUGAUGGAACUUCGUUUGGUUCGGUCGUGUUUCAGUGAGGAACAGCUCCGGAAGCCAAUGCUGCAGGUCUUCGAAGAAACCUUACCGAAUCUCUCAAUUGUGAAAGAUGAAGGGAAUGGGAAAUUCGAUGUGAAGUGGAAAGAGGGAGGGAGCAAAAUGUCCACGACCUGUGGUGGUGUAGGAAGAGAUUUGCACGCUUCUCUGUUCCAGAGACUUUCGAUUGCUUUUCCUUCGGAAUGUCCUUCUUCGGUUCCUCAGUUUGGUGGUUUUGAAUACUCUAGCAAUACUGGGAGAACAGGAUUUCUUAGUGAUGCAUGUUCAACUAGUCUGGAGGUGGAAAACAACCAAAGAGAAAAACCUAGCAUGAAGGAAGACUGA